CUGAAGGUAGCACGUCUCUACCUACAGAGCAGCAGCAGCAGCAGCGACAGUGCUUUCUCUCCUAUGUAACCUAAACAAUGACUCCUACUACUGAUCGGAGGAAAGCACACCAAUAGAAUGCGUUACACAGCACCGAAACCCUGUAUUUCACUGCUAUUCCGACCACUCACUUAAAUGUGCCCACCGCAAACAUGUGGAUACCUACAGAGAAUGAAAAAUACGGCGUCGUGCUGGCCAGUUUCCGAGGGACCAUUCAGCAUGGCCUCCCACUGGAAAUUGGAGACACGGUGCAGAUCCUGGAGAAAUGUGAAGGCUGGUACAGAGGAUUCAUCUUGAAGAAUCCAAAUGCCAAGGGGAUUUUCCCAUCCAGCUACAUCCACUUGAAGAAUGCCCACAUCAAGAACAAAGGGCAAUUUGAGACAGUCAUCCCUGUUGAAGACUCUGUCAUCACAGAGAUGACGUCAACAUUGCGAGACUGGGGUGCCAUGUGGAAGCAACUUUACGUGAAGAAUGAGGGUGAUUUGUUCCAUCGACUGUGGCACGUGAUGAAUGAAAUCCUGGACCUGAGGAGGCAGGUGCUGGUGGGCCAUCUCACCCAUGACCGCAUGAGGGACGUCAAGCAGCACAUCACAGCAAGAUUGGACUGGGGCAAUGAACAACUUGGCUUGGACCUGGUCCCCAGGCGAGAAUUCAGCAUGGUGGACCCAGAUGAAAUCAGUGUCACAGAGCUUUACAGACUGAUGGAACAUCGGCAUCGUAAGAAGGAGACCCCUGCGCCUGCUAGCACCCAUCACUUGCUCGUGCAUGUGAAGAGCCUGAUGAGUGCUAAUGUUGGGGAAGAGCUAGAAGUCUUCUUCCACAUUUAUGAUGGACGGGAGAACCGGCCACUCAGUGAAAGGUUCUUUGUCAGGCUGAAUAAGAAUGGGUUGCCCAAGUCACCAGAGAAGACAGAAAGACAAUGCACGCUAUUUGUGGAUUUGGGAAGCAGUGAUCUACGAAAAGAUGUCUACGUUGUUGUGCACAUCAUAAGAAUAGGGAGGAUGGGAGCAGGGGAGAAGAAGAAUCUGUGUAGUGUGCAGUACAGGCGACCAUUUGGCUGCGCUGUCAUCAGUAUCACUGAUCUCCUCACGGCUGACUCCAAGGAUGACCACCUGCUCAAGGUUUAUGCGUGUAACACUGAGAGUGAGUGGUACCAGAUCCAUGAAAACAUCAUCAAAAAGGCCAAUUCCAGGUAUAACCUGUCUGGAUCUAACACUGGCCUAGCAGUGGCUCUCCAGCUCCUCCACGGAGACAUGGAACAGCUGAGACGGGAGUACAUGGUACUUUUCACCCGGGGGGUGUCGAUCACCAGGAAGCUGGGCUUCUCUGAUGUCAUCAUGCCUGGAGAGAUGAGGAAUGACCUUUAUAUCACAUUGGAGAAAGGAGAGUUUGAUAAAGGCGGGAAAAGCGUAGCCAGGAAUGUAGAGAUCACCAUCUUUCUGCUGGAUAUUGAUGGACAAAUCCUCAAGAAUCAUGUCGCUGCUGGCUCGGGCGAACCAGGUGGGGAUGAGUAUCACUCAUUGGUUCUGUACCACAACAACAGCCCUCGCUGGGCAGAGCAGCUCAAGCUUCCUAUCCCAGUUGACAUGUUUCGGGGGUCGCAUGUCCGGUUUGAGUUCCGACACUGCUCCACUAAAGACAAGGGAGAGAAGAAACUUUUUGGCUACUCCUUUGUUCCUUUGAUGCAGGAGGAUGGCAGGACUCUGCCAGAUGGCAACCAUGAGCUCAUUAUUCACAAGUGUGAGGAGAAUACCAGCUUGGCAGAUUGUUCACGCUACCUGAAGCUACCAUUCUCCAAGAACAACCUCCCAUCCAACAACCAGACAUUGAAAGGCACCAAGGAGUCUUUCUGGAUCACCAGCUUUCUCUGCUCCACAAAGCUCACGCAAAAUGGUGAUAUGCUGGACCUGUUGAAGUGGCGAGCCCACCCUGAAAGGAUCAGUGACAGCCUCUCUAAGCUGAAGGAUAUCGAUGGCUCAGAGAUUGUCAAAUUUCUGCAGGACACUCUGGACACUCUUUUUGGAAUUCUGGAUGAAAGCUCUCAGAAAUACGGGCUGAAAGUGUUUGACUCACUGGUCCAUAUUAUCAACCUCCUACAGGACAGCAAAUUUCAGCACUUCAAACCAGUCAUGGACACCUAUAUCGAGAGUCACUUUGCCGGAGCUCUGUCCUAUAGGGACCUGAUCAAAGUGCUGAAGUGGUACGUGGACCGCAUUAUUGAGGCAGAGCACCAGGAUCACAUACAGCAGGUGCUCAAGGCCAGCAAGUACAUCUUCAAGUACAUUAUCCAGUCUCGCCGGCUGUUUUCAUUAGCGACAGGAGGACAAAAUGAGGAGGAGUUCAGAGUCUGCAUCCACGAGCUUUUCAUGUCCAUCCGCUUCUUCCUCUCACAGGAAAACAAAGGCACCAGUCCUGUUGCACAAACACAGGCUGUGUUCCUGCGGGCAUUUCCCGCAAUUUAUGGCGAGUUGCUGAAGAUCUUCACAGUGCGGGAGGUGGCCAGCUUUGCGAGGGAGACACUGGGCAGUCUUCCCGCUACUGUCCAUGCUGACUGCCCCGUGGAGGCUGUCAAGCUGCAGUGCAUUGCCAAGACUGUGGAAAGCCAGCUUUACAUAAACCCAGAUUCACGGUGCAUCCUGUUGCCGGUGGUGCUCCGAGUCCUCCAGGCCCACAUGCAGGAGCAGAGGGACCUAGUGAUGUGUGCUAGCAUCCUCACCAGCAUGCUCUCCCUUAUCAAGAAGGAGGAAAAUGGCACAACAGAACCUGUAGUGUCUGAGGAAGUGGAGCUAAUUGUGGAAAGCCUUUUGGAAGUUUUACUGAGGACCAUCCUGGAAAUUAGCAAUCGGCCGCAGUCCACUGGACCUGCUAUGAGACUACAGUUCCAGGAUGUUACUGGAGAGUUUGUAGCAUGUUUGUUGGCACUCCUGCGACAGAUGAGUGACAGACACUACCAGAAGCUGCUGCAGCCAUUCAGCAGCAAAGACGACCUGAGGGACUUCCUCCUUCAGAUCUUUACUGUCUUCAGGAUCCUAAUCCGACCAGAAAUGUUUCCUAAAGACUGGACUGUCAUGCGGUUGGUCACAAACAAUGUCAUCAUCACAACUGUCCUCUACCUUUCUGACGCGCUGAGGAAAAACUUCCUCAAUGACAAGUUUGACUACAAGGUGUGGGACUCGUAUUUCUACCUGUCUGUAAUAUUUAUCAACCAGCCCUGUCUUCAGCUGGAGUCCUUCUCUCCCUCCAAGAGAAAGAAGAUUCUGGAAAAGUAUGGAGACAUGAGGGUGAUGAUGGGCUGUGAGAUCUUCAGCAUGUGGCAGAAUUUAGGUGAACACAAGUUCAACUUCAUUCCAGCGAUGAUUGGUCCAUUCCUAGAGGUGACACUAGUGCCUCAGCCUGAUCUGAGGAAUGUCAUGAUCCCCAUCUUCCAUGACAUGAUGGACUGGGAGCAAAGACGCAGUGGCAAUUUCAAACAGGUGGAGGCCAAGCUGAUUGACAAACUGGACAGCCUGAUGUCUGAGGGUAAAGGAGAUGAGACGUACAGGGAGCUCUUCAACAACAUCCUGCUGAAAAAAAUUGAGAGAGAGACCUGGAGGGAGAGUGGGAUCUCUUUGAUUGCUACUGUCACUCGCUUAAUGGAAAGACUGCUGGACUAUAGGGAUUGUAUGAAGCUGGGAGAAGUGGAUGGAAAGAAGCUUGGCUGUACUGUCAGUUUACUGAACUUCUACAAAACUGAGUUAAACAAAGAGGAGAUGUACAUCCGCUACAUUCACAAACUGUAUGACCUGCACUUGAAAGCACAAAACUACACAGAGGCGUCAUACACCUUGCUGCUGUAUGAUGAAUUACUGGAAUGGUCAGAUAGGCCUCUAAGAGAGUUUCUCAACUACCCCAUGCAGAGCGAGUGGCAAAGAAAAGAGUAUCUACAUCUCACUAUUGUCCAGAACUUCGACAGGGGCAAGUGUUGGGAGAAUGGCAUCAUCCUAUGCAGAGAGCUGGCUGACCAGUAUGAGUCUUACUACGACUACAGGAAUUUGAGCAAAAUGCGGAUGAUGGAAGCCUCUCUCUAUGACAAGAUCAUGGACCAGCAAAGACUAGAACCUGAAUUCUUCAGAGUUGGCUUCUAUGGAAAAAAGUUUCCUUUCUUCUUAAGGAAUAAGGAGUUUGUGUGCCGCGGCCAUGACUAUGAGAGGCUGGAGGCUUUCCAGCAGCGGAUGCUCAAUGAGUUUCCCCAUGCCAUCGCCAUGCAGCACGUCAACCAGCCGGACCAGACCAUAUACCAAGCAGACGCACAAUACUUACAGAUCUACGCUGUAACCCCCAUCCCGGAGAGUCAGGAUGUGCUGCAGAGAGACGGCGUGCCUGACAACAUCAAAAGCUUCUACAAGUUCAAUCACAUCUGGAGGUUCAGAUAUGACCGGCCCUUUCACAAGGGCACCAAAGACAAGGAGAAUGAGUUCAAGAGCCUGUGGGUGGAGAGGACAACCCUGACUUUGGUCCAGAGUCUUCCAGGGAUAUCUUGCUGGUUUGAGGUGGAGAAGAGAGAGCUGGUGGAGGUAAGCCCGCUGGAGAAUGCCAUUGAGGUCAUUGAGAACAAGAACCUACAGUUACGCACACUGAUCACUCAGUGUCAGAGCCGGCAGAUGCAGAACAUCAACCCCCUCACCAUGUGCCUCAACGGGGUCAUUGACGCCGCUGUCAAUGGGGGGCUGGCUCGCUACCAAGAGGCCUUUUUUGCAAAGGACUACAUUAUGAAUCACCCUGAGGAUGGCGAGAAGAUUGGGCGACUCAGAGAACUCAUGUUUGAACAGGCACAUAUUCUGGAGUAUGGCCUUGCUGUGCAUGAGAAAUUUGUUCCCCAAGACAUGAGACCUCUGCAUGAAAAAGCAUUUUAAUCAUGCACUUCCCUCUAAUACAAUUUAAAACCCCAGGAGUUUCCUGCUUAUGUGCGCGCAAGCCCGAUCCACUUCACCAACGGAAGUCCACGACCAUGCAGAAAUUCUGUGCCCAACAUCAUUAGCCCAGACGGUGGCAGAGGGGUCACCAGGCGGAGUUACCCUGCGGUGAACCGCUACUCCUCAUCCUCUCUGUCCUCUCAAGCUUCCAAUGAAGUCAGUAACAUCACAGGGCAGUCGGAGAGCUCAGAUGAAGUCUUCAACAUGCAGCCCAGUCCGUCUACCUCGAGCCUCAGCUCCAACCAUUCUGCCUCACCCAAUGUCACCAGCUCUGCCCCCUCCAGUGCCAGAGGUUCACCUCAAAUGGCAGAGAAACACAAACAUUCCAGAGAAAAUGCCUGUUUGUCUCCAAGAGAGAGACCAGUCAGUGCUAUCUUCCCCAACCCCCUGGACUCUGCACAGAGAGUGCCUCCUCAUCCAAUAGGAGAUACCACUUCACCAAGGAGUGACCCAAACCUCUCAGCACCAGACAAAGUGAGACCCACAGCCAGUAGCUGGAGCCUAGACAGUGUCAAAGAGGGUGCUCCACCUUUUUCUGGCUCUGCUGGCAAAUUGCUAUGCCCUCCUGUCCCUCCCAGGCCACUGUAUUCAGGCUCCUCAGCUAAAAAUAUGAGGUCGCAGUCCCCUGUCCCCACAUCAAGAUCACCGCAAAAGACUACAGUGCCACCUUUUACCCCUUCACCCACCGAGUGCCAUUCUGCCAGCCUGGUUUCCAACUCCCCUGUCCUCUCCGGUAGCUACAGCAGUGGCAUUUCCUCCCUCAGUCGCUGUAGUGUAUCGGAGGCAUCAGGCACCGAACUGCCUGCAGGUGACCACCCAGCCCACCCGCUGCCUCCACCCCCCACCCUGCCAAACUUGGUCUCCAGCACUGACGAACCAAUCCGCAGAGAGAACAAGACACCACCCCCCUACAGCGUGUAUGAGAGGAACAACCCUCGCCGGCCUGUGCCGCUGCCCCACAGCCUCUCCAUCCCCCCACAGACGGACCCCCCAGCCCUGCCACCUAAGCCUCACCAGCUCCGCACAGGCAGCAUGAAGCUGGAUGGAACCUCAGACCCUCGAGUUCCAAGACCGAGGCCUCUACCCAGGAAGGUGUCCCAGCUAUAGAUGACGGACGCUUAUGGAAGGAGGUGGAAUAAACACACUGGCGUAUUUUGCACUUUUCUACUGGGCACUCAUUUUUUG